UUGGUUUGUGUCUCAGAUUUCCGGCAGCCCCUGAAGGAGGCACAAAGCACAUCCCAUUCAUUCUGCCUCCACUUACGGGACCGGAGAGCACCCAGCGGCCCCGUGAAGCGUCCACACACCAACCGAACAGCAAAACACACGUUCACCAGAUGAAGCUGAUGUUGGUGUUGCUCCUCGCCGUGCGUUUGUGCGGCAGCGCCGUGACGGCCGGCUCAGACUGCAGCCCGUCCACCACAGAGACGAACGGCGCGGUGCGUUCACUGUCGGCCGUGGUCGACUCUCAGAGAGCCGAGCAGAGCCAGAGGCAACACCUGGAGGCUCUGUUCAACAGAUAUGGAGAAAACGGCUCCAUCUCUCUGGCCGGUUUGAAGCGCCUCCUGCAGAACGUGGGGUUGGAUCGAAUCAGGACUGUUAUGGUGCAACAUCACGAGCAGCCCGGCCACCACGACCACCAGCACCACCACCACCAUCAUCACCAUGACAACUCGCAUCACCAAAAACACGCAGAACCCUUGCAGCCCAGAAAGUUUCCAAAGACCUCUGAAUUGUCCAAAGAUCAGGACAGCCGCCACAACCUGCACGACAGGAAGACCGCGGCGGCUCAGGAGGCCGGCUCCACGGCGGCGUACAGCGCCCAGCUGAUGGAGAAACCAGAUGAAGCUCUUAAGAGACGAGACGGCAGCCCUGCAGGGGAGGAGUCCACCAGGGCGGCCGCUGCAUCACGGGUCACUGAAGGCCAGACGCAGGCGGCUGCAGUUGGCCGGGGGGAGCAUGACCACGACCAUGAACAUGACCACAAACAUGUGAACCAGGAUCUUUCCAGAAGCAUGAACAGUGUAGAGUGUCUGAACGCCUCCAGCAUCCUCUCGUCUCACGGCAUGUCUGAGGAGGCGAGUGUGACCCUCGCUGACUUCAGCUUCCUCUGCCCCGCGCUCCUCAACCAGAUCGAUGGCGCGGCGUGCAUCCUGCACAGAGGCGCUGCAGAAGAGCGAGACCAUAAACAUGCUCACGGUCACCAUGGUGACCACAACAUGUCGGCCCACGGCGAGCACUCCGGUGGAGAAAGUGUCAAAAACAUCGCAAUAGCGUGGGUCGGAGGGUUCGUGUCCAUCACGGUCAUCAGUCUGCUCUCGCUGCUCGGCGUCGUCCUCAUCCCGCUCAUGAACAGAGUCUUCUUCAAGUUCCUGCUCAGCUUCCUGGUGGCGCUGGCUGUCGGCACGCUGAGCGGCGACGCCUUCCUUCAUCUCAUCCCCCACUCUCAGGGAGGACACCAUCACCACCACGAGGACUCCGGGGUGAAUAUGACGGAACAUCACCUCCACGAUGAGCAGGAGGAAAACCUGGACGCAGUGUGGAAAGGUCUGACGGCUCUGAGCGGAGUCUACAUCAUGUUUCUGAUCGAACACUUCCUGACGCUGGGGAAAAUGUACAAGGACAAGAAACAGAAACAGAAGAUCCAGAAGAAGUGGGAUCAGAACGACAAAGCAGAUCCAGAGAAGCAGCCGGCUCUGGAGGAGAACGACCUGAAGCCAACAGAAGAUGUGGAGCCGAAUGGUGGCGGUAUGUUUGGCGACCACUCGAACAGCCUGCACGGCGGCAGCGUGGCGGAGGAGGAGCAGGUGAUGCUGGCGCCGCAGGUGUCCGUCGUCUCGCCGCAGGGUUACGCCGGAGCCUCGGGAGCCUCCGCCUACACUGCCGAGGACUGCGAGAACAAAUGCCACUCCCACUUCCACGACACGGUGGGCCAGGUAGACAGCAUGCACCACCACCACCACGACUACCACCACAUCCUGCACCACCACCACUCUCAGAACCACCACCCUCACAGCCACUCCCACUCCUACUCGGAGCAGCACUUCCAGCAGGCCGGCGUGGCAACGCUCGCCUGGAUGGUCAUCAUGGGGGACGGACUGCACAACUUCAGCGACGGCCUGGCGAUCGGAGCUGCCUUCAGCGAGGGUCUGUCCAGCGGCCUCAGCACGGCUGUGGCUGUGUUCUGUCACGAGCUGCCUCACGAGUUGGGUGACUUUGCGGUGCUCCUGAAAGCCGGUAUGACGGUGCGCCAGGCCAUUCUCUACAACGUGUUGUCGGCCAUGAUGGCCUACCUGGGCGUGGUGAUCGGUAUCUUGAUCGGACACUACGCGGAGAACAUCUCCAUGUGGAUCUUCGCCCUCACGGCCGGACUCUUCAUGUACGUGGCUCUGGUGGACAUGGUACCUGAGAUGUUGCAUAACGACGCCGGAGAUCACGGCUUCAGCCACUGCGGCUUCUUCCUGCUGCAGAACGCCGGCAUCCUGCUGGGCUUCGGCAUAAUGCUGCUCAUCGCUAUUUUCGAGCACAAAAUCCAGCUGGACCUGGGAUACUGAGGGAGGAGUUUCAUCCUGAGCCUCAAGUGUCUCCGUCAGAAGGUGUUUCAUUAGUAGUUCUAGACUUCAGUCCAGUCACCUUGAUUUAGUGUGUUUCUUCACAUUGUGUGGGAAGAAACAUCAGUUCAAACGCAGAAAUCGAACGUAAUCUAGGAAGUUGCCACGUUGACUCUCAAACUCAGAUUAGGUGCAAAAAAUGUAUAAAGUUGUUGAGUUCAUUUUCUUGGACUGCGGUUAGAAAGUCUAAAUCUGGAGUCAGUGGAACUAAAUAAAAAUCCCCGUUCUUAUUUACGAUGAAUAAGAACGUGCAGUUUUUGACCCACUAUCUCAUAACUUUGUAUUUGUGACAUGUUGAAAGUGUUUCUGCUGCUGAGUCAAACCAGAUUAGUAUUUCAGUGCCAUAACAAAACAUUCACAUUUUAAAGGUGGUGUGUGCACAUGCAUGCCAGAAUCACGCAAUAUAAUCACAAUUCAAAUACUCCCGAUAAUAUCGCCAUACAAUAUUUAUGACGACGUUCAAAAAAGUAUUUCCUUCGUAUAAAAUGAGUUUUUCCUUUUACGUGCUUCUGCUUUCCUUCUUUUAAUAAAAUAAAAGUUGCCGUGUCGUUGGCAUGUGCAGAAAAUUAACAUGAAUUACCUUUUGGUAAUAACGAGUACGCGGGAAGAGGAGCGCUAGGCUUGCUCGCGAAGGAUAGCGGGAGUCUGUCUACGUGAUUAGUACGAUCGGGCCCUAUGUUGUUAAAAUAUAGUUUUUGAUCGGUCGAACACAUCUAUAAGCAACCAUGUAAUAUCGUCAAAGUUAACCAUUAACCCGUUAACCAUUAACCCGUUAACCAUUAACCCGUUCAUUGUUUGCCGUGUAACACGUUAAAUGGUCUAAAAAGGAUGUGUCCUGUUUGUUUGGUUUUUCUGACCAAAACCACAAAAUACUCACAUAAGUAGAAUUUGGGCAUUUCCACCAUAAUAUGUCCGUACAUUUUAAUAUGGGGGGGUUUAAAAAGUGUUACCUAGUGAAGUUCACCAUGACGGGCAACACGCCGACCUCGCCGCGUAACGCACAGAAGAAAUAAUCCUAAUUCGCAGAAACUGUGAAAAUAUUGCUUCCAGAGCGUUACAACUCAGACGGUGGCGUAACCGGACGUGGAGCUUCUACGUGUUUUGCCAAGAAGGUGACUGGUGCCACAUAAACCUGCAACAGUUCUGUGGGUGGGGAGGAUAUAAAGCCGCUUUUGUAAACGCCAUAUUCAUCGGACAAUCAGAUAAAGUCUUGCUGAGGAGGCCUCAGGUAGGAAUCAGAAAUAUAAUAUUUUAGGUGGAAAGUUCAGCUGAACUCUGUAAAUGCCCCAUGAGUUCAGCUGAACUCUGUAAAUGCCCCAUGAGUUCAGCUGAACUCUGUAAAUGCCCCAUGAGUUCAGCUGAACUCUGUAAAUGCCCCAUGAGUUCAGCUGAACUCUGUAAAUGCCCCAUGAGUUCAGCCAGAUGGAAGGUGAACAUUAAUAAAGAAUCACUUUGAAAGUGUGUUCAGUUUGACAAAGAGCUGCUUCAUAGAUUGUUUACUUUUGGUUGACAGUUAAAAGAUAAGAAACAAUGUGAACAUUGAUGGUGAAGAAGCAGCACAGCUGUAUUUAGCUGAAACGAGGCUUUAGACUUGAGAUGGAUGAAGGUGAUGAAGGUGAUGAAGGUGAAUCCUCUCCUGCAGCUCUCGCCGCCUGGUUAACUCCGGUGCGUCUGCUGCAGCCCGACCUUCGUUUUCAUUGACUAUUUGAUCAGGAACAAAUAUUAUUUAUGUUUCAGGUGUUGUUUUCUUUCAUUUCUCCUCUAAACGCGAUCUUUGACGAAGGACGGUGACACGGAGCUUCAUAAUGUUUGGAUUUAGAUCAUUGAUCCCAAAAACUAAACUGAGUUGAGAUGAGUUUUUUUCGGGGGCGCUUGAACUGAACUCAAAACAUUCCUAAUGUUCAGAUUACAUUUUUUCUAAUUGAAUUUUUUUUGCAAAUGCACUUAUUUUGCAAUUCUAGCAUAUCGGAGUGUUUUGGUUUCGAUAACAAUAAAAGAACAAAAGACUAGAAAACUUCAUUCAGCGCAAACGUCUUGAUUCUGUUAGAGGUCGUUUUCCAAUGAAGAGCUAAAACACUGAAAGCAAAUUAUGGCGGCGACUCAGCAGGUACACUUGUUCGCUUUUAAUGUGUUUUUUAAAUUUUGUAUGCUUUUUAUUUAUUCAUUUAUUGUAUUGUUACAGUUGAGUUGAUGUGGCAGCUUAACACUGAUCGUGUUCAGUUUGAAUGUGGACGUUGACACCAAUACAAUCACACAGAUGUGCAUCAUGAGCUCAGUUUAAACUGUUUAAUGUAUUUUUAUUUCAUUGUUUUAUAAAAAGUGAACGGAAAGCAUAUUCGGUACAAACACGAGCCUCAGUGUAUAUUACAUGUACAUUGUUAUACUAUGUGUACAUAUUUAUGCACAAUACUGUACAAGUAUGUGUUUGAUUUGUAGUUUCCCUCAAUGUGCUGUUGUGAGUCUGUUACACCGUGUUCAACACAAACCAAAAGGAAAAGUUACAGGAGGAAAUUGUUCUUGUUUUUGUCUAAAAUGAAAUGUUAAGUGUUAGCAAUGAAUCUGUUCAUGAAGGGAGCUGCGGCUGGUUUGACUCGGCGGUCAUAUUUGAGGUUGAAAUCUGUCUAAAAUCCCGUCAUGGGGACCAUCAGGCCACGACUAAAACAAUCAUCCGUGUCUAAGUGGUCACAAUCAAAUGUCACAAGCUUUGGAAUAAAUUAUAAAUAAAAACGUUUCCUUGUA